AUGGGAAGGGGGAAAAGCAAGAAAAACAGAGAUGAUUCAUCAUCAAACAUAGCUAAGCAGCAACAGAAUAACCAAGGCAAGACUAAGAAGCAAAAGGAGCCGCCUGCGUUAAACCAAAGGCUUCAUCAAAAGCCGAACGACCCGAGUCGCUCAAUGCAUCAAUCUGGUCUGUCAACGGCAGCUUCCUUCAAAGGCUGGUGUCUGCAAGAGCGCCAAGGUAUUGUGUGGGUUCUAGGCUGUGCAUUCCUCGGUAGUUUGUUUGGAUUUGGAAUCGGUAGUGGCUUUCUAACAGGAGAAGGGAAUAAGCCACCCAACGCGUGGCGAGUAGCUCUUGGCGCUCGCAUCAGAUCCUCGGCAACGUAUGAAGUUUUGACACUGAAUCGAUCUCCGUGGAGCCCAUCACAUGGAGGAAGCUUCUUUCAAGAGGCUCAACCUCUGAACUCUAGGAGUAAAUCUGUUGUGUUGCUCGACGCUGAAACAUUACGAUCUGAUCCGUCACAUUCGACAGUAUAUGCUGUCUUAAGGGAAGCUGUGGUCCGAGAGAUGGGAGGCUAUGUUCACCCCGAUCUUGGAAUAUUAUCACCUGCUCCUUGUGGAUCAGCACGGGGACUUGGGAUGGUACGAGAUAGCUAUCACCGAUGUCAAACCAAAUGCCUGCCUGGGAUUGCAGAGGAGAAGAGGAGAGCGUCAAUAAAAAAUACUACUAGUGAGAAGACUUUCAUGCAGGAAGAGCUCCUAAUAAAGGCACCUCUAGCCUUUCAAAUGACCCGAACUGCUGCUUUGGAAACAUUGAUGCCCCUAAUUUCUCCAGAAGUGCAACAACAUGAAAGAUUAUAUGAACUUGACGACGCAGCACUUUUGACUCUGUUGUUGGCACAUGAACGUGGAGUUGGAAAGUACAGUCGCUGGCUGCCCUACAUAGCAAGUUUGCCGCUAGAGCCAAGCUGCGGUUAUUCUAAAAAUCUUCGUCCCUAUCUACUUGAUAGCAUCAACGCUCUCCGAGAGGAGCUUGGCGUUGACAUUAGCGGUUGGCCUGGGGAGCUAUUGAAGGCGACACAAUACGCUGACCGCAUUGCAAAUGCUUUAUCGCAAGACUACGGAAGCUUUCUUCAACAUCCAAAGGGCGUAUCACAACUAGAGAAUAUCGAAUGGGCUUUAUGUCAAGUCGCCUCUAGGGCAAUAGCCGGAUCGCAAAAGCAUGGCUCAUUACGGCUCAUUCCAUUGGUUGACUUGAUUAAUCACGACAACAACGCGGCAGGAUUCGUUGAGCUGACAGGGGAGGAAAAAGUAUCCAAUGGUGACUUUGUUGACUCGAUACUAGAGGAAGAUUCUGGCGCGUUUGCUGUUCGAAGCCGAAGGCAUGGUCGUAGGAAAGCGCUGAAAGUGGGUCAAGAGUUGCUGAUCAAUUACAAUGUCCCUCACUACUCUCCAUUGGAUUGGUUUGUUUCCGUUGGUUUCGUGCCCCCAGAAAGGUGGGCAGGCUGGGAGAAAAUCGAUUCUGCUCUUCCCAAAAUACGAAUGGACGGACCAUUCGGUGCUUCCAACUCAGGACGUGCCUUUCGGUCCUUUAUCUCGGAAAGCUCAGACUCUCCUCGGUUGCAAACUGGUCCAUUUCAGCCCAGAGGCCCUGGAAGGAACGAGGAUCUAUAA